AUGAGUUUGGCAACUAUUGAUACGAAGGAGAAGUCGGAUGAUAUAACAUCAUUGUUAAAGAAAACACUUGUUAAUGUAAAUCCUUUGUGGGUCGGUGCAGUUGCUAAUGGCAAUGAUCGGCUUUAUGUUUGGAUUUCAACUGGUAAUAAGGUGACUUACACUAAUUGGUAUGAAGGAGAGCCAGAUUUUUACAACAACAAUGAAUACUGUCUUCAAACUGGUUGGUCUAAUAAAAUUCAAUGGAAUGACCAUGAAUGUCAUAAACAAUUUGGUUUAAUCUGUGAACUUAAUCAGCAGUAUCAUUUCAUAGAGGAAAUCGAAACAAAAUUACAGAAAGAAGUGGUAAAGGAACAACAACUUCAAAAUUAA